UCUUAUAUAGCCCUAUUUACAGGUCCUUAUAAAAUAAUUAAGAAUAUUAGUAAAUAUGAAGAUAUCUUAUUAAUUAUUAGUAAAUUUAGGAUUGCCACGGUAAUCCCAUAUCUGAAAAAUAUAAUCUAUAAUUAUAAUACUUGUACUUUAUAA